UGGCUGCGUAGUACGAAGCGAUGAAAAGCGACUCGAGCAACAAAGAGGCGGAACUUCUGGAAUUUGAUGACAGCCCGGUUACUCUUCCGGUUUUGUUUGAGAUAUCCAGAAUACUAAACACUGGCUUAGAUAUGGAGACGCUGUCUAUUUGUGUAAGGCUGUGUGAGCAAGGAAUAAACCCCGAGGCUCUUUCAGCGGUAAUUAAAGAGCUACGCAAGGCUACGGAAGCCCUAAAGGCAGCUGAAAACAUGACGAGCUGAUUCUGCGGCGGAAGAACUUGGGACUGAGAUCAUGCUCGAAGCAGAAGGCUGGCGGUUGUUUGGAAGAUUUGUCUGUUACGAGUUGUGACACUGUAAAUUGUGUGUGUGUCGGUUUCUAAGCAUCUUUCUCAAAUUUAUGCUAAAGAAGAAAUACAAAGGCAUACAAAGAAUUUUUGAAUGUUUAUUGACCGAUAAUCCUUCAAAGCUCCUUUUUAUUAGACACGGAAUUUUAUAAGUGUUAUAAUUAUGUGUAUUCUGCAAAUAGGACACAGUAGUGUUAGCAGUCUUUCAAAGCUAUGGAAAUGAAAUCGUAUAAUGUUCUAUUGAAAACAUAUUUUACCCUUUCUUUUGGAUGAAGGAUUAGGUUAUAAUGAACUCUUUAAAAAAACAUGAAAUCGGGGUGACGUUUUUCAACAUUGUAUAAUUCUUAUAAUAUAAGGCAAACUAACAGUGCAGUCCUAAACAGAGUUACACCCUUCGAAACCCAUCGGUGUACUUGGGUGGGUUAACUGUGUUUAGGAUUGCACGAAAAGACACGCGUUUCAGAUUUUUGUUGGCUGCUUCAUCAGCGUUUAAACUCUACAAACAAUGAGGCAGCUGGCAGUAGCAUGAAUGAGCUGUUAUUUGGGGAAAGUUUAGGGGAAAAAAUCUCCACUGUACAUGUAUAAUAUCUUGGACAUAUGUGAGGGGUGUCAUUUGCGUUGAUGUUUUCUGCCGUAUGAACUAUUCAGCUAAAAUGAAGCAUUUUUCCUGCCAUUUAUUUUUGGGCGGAUGGCAUGUUAAGCAGAUGCUUAAUUUUGUGCCAUUGAAUCGGUGCUUGAUUUGACAAGUUUGUACUCUAUAUUACUUUUAUGUCCUCUCUCUGUUUUGUUAUUUCACACUGUACAGACGGCAAUGUAGCAUUAUUGUCCCAUGGAAAGGUUAUCAAACUUAGUUGGGGAAGAUCAAAUUACAUUUUUAUUUACGGAGGGAGGUUGUGAUCCUUGUUUCAUUGUGAAAUGUUCAUUUAAUGACAGCGGAAAGAUUGCACAUAAAUCUGGGGUUGAAAAUGUGUCAUGAUCAGCCAAAGAACAGUUUCCAGUUUUGUACGCUUUGUGUUUUUCCACCCUUCUUUCUCAUGUGCUUGCUUUUCAUAUGGUUUUUGAGUACGGGAUCCUCACCAUCUAUUUUGAAUAUUUAAAGGGCCAGCUAUCACUGAUGUUUAUGCAAUGAAUAAAGAAUAAGAUAGUCUUCUCACAUUUUAAGUUUAGGUUGUGGAAAGUCAGAAAGAAAACAACCUUGCUUUAUCUAUCAUAGUAUUUUCACAAUAUAGAUCUUGGAAACUAUUAUUAAUGUCCUAAUUUAUUGCCUUCAAGUUUCUUAGUGUAUUGCUUUAUAAGAAAUAAAAGUACUUGUUGUAUUGAG